AUGGCGCGAGGAGGCGCGCGGGCCCAGUACGCGGGGGCUGGCCGCGGGGCUCUCCUUGUCCUGGGCAGGAUCCGGCCUCAACUAUCGAAGGAGAAGAUUGAGGGCUGUCACAUCUGCACCUCUGUUACCCCGGGAGAACCCCAGGUCCUGCUGGGGAAGGACAAGGCCUUCACCUAUGACUUUGUCUUUGACCUGGACACCUGGCAAGAACAGAUCUAUUCAACCUGUGUGAACAAGCUCAUCGAGGGCUGCUUUGAGGGCUACAAUGCCACAGUGCUGGCCUAUGGACAGACGGGGGCUGGGAAGACAUACACUAUGGGCACUGGCUUUGACAUGGCUACAUCGGAGGAGGAGCAGGGCAUCAUCCCGAGGGCCAUCGCACACCUCUUUGGGGGCAUCGCUGAGCGCAAGCGUCGGGCACAGGAACAGGGCGUGGCUGGGCCUGAGUUCAAAGUCAGCGCUCAGUUCUUGGAGCUCUAUAAUGAAGAGAUCCUUGACCUGUUUGAUUGCACCCGUGACCCCGACACCCGCCACCGCAGGUCCAACAUCAAGAUCCAUGAAGAUGCGAAUGGUAGCAUCUACACCACAGGUGUUACUUCUCGCCUCAUUCACUCCCAGGAGGAGCUUAUCCAGUGCUUGAAGCAGGGGGCCCUGUCACGCACCACAGCCAGCACCCAGAUGAACGUUCAGAGCUCCCGCUCCCACGCCAUCUUCACCAUCCACCUGUGCCAGAUGCGUGUGUGUGCCCAGCCAGACCUGGUGAGCGAGGUCACUGGCCUUCCUGAGGGCACAGCUCCUGCGAGCGAGUAUGAGACACUCACUGCGAAGUUUCACUUUGUGGACCUGGCUGGUUCAGAGCGACUAAAGCGGACAGGGGCCACCGGCGAGCGGGCCAAGGAGGGCAUCUCCAUCAACUGUGGCCUGCUGGCCUUGGGCAAUGUGAUCAGCGCCUUGGGGGACCAGAGCAAGAAGGUGGUACACGUGCCCUACAGGGACUCCAAACUCACUCGGCUCCUCCAGGACUCGCUAGGGGGCAACAGCCAGACCAUCAUGAUCGCCUGUGUGAGCCCUUCAGACCGAGACUUCAUGGAGACCCUCAAUACACUCAAAUAUGCCAACCGGGCCCGCAACAUCAAGAACAAGGUGGUGGUGAACCAGGACAAGACCAGCCAGCAGAUAAGCGCACUACGGGCAGAGAUCGCUCGCCUGCAGAUGGAGCUGAUGGAGUACAAGGCGGGCAAGCGGGUGAUUGGGGAAGAUGGCUCUGAGGGCUACAGCGACCUGUUCCGGGAGAAUGCCAUGCUGCAGAAGGAGAACAGCGCAUUACGGCUGCGAGUGAAGGCCAUGCAAGAGGCCAUCGACGCCAUCAACAACCGCGUUACCCAGCUCAUGAGCCAAGAGGCCAACCUGCUCCUGGCCAAGGCUGGUGAUGGCAAUGAGGCCAUUGGUGCACUGAUCCAGAACUACAUCCGAGAGAUUGAGGAGCUUCGGACAAAGCUCCUGGAGAGUGAGGCCAUGAAAGAGUCACUGCGCCGCAGCCUCUCAAGGGUCUCUGCUCGGAGUCCCUACUCCCUGGGUGCUGCUUCAGCUGCUCCAGUCUUGGGGGCCAGCCCGUCCAGCUCCAUGGAGGAUGCCUCUGAGGUGAUCCGCAAGGCCAAGCAGGACCUGGAGCGGCUGAAGAAGAAGGAGGUCAGGCAGCGGAGGAAAAGUCCAGAAAAGGAAGCCUUCAAAAAGAGGGCAAAACUCCAACAGGAAAACAGCGAAGAGACAGAUGACAAUGAAGCAGAGGAGGAGGAGGAAGAGCAAGAUGAGAGUGGCUGUGAGGAGGAAGAAGGACGUGAAGAUGAAGAUGAGGACACAGGCAGCGAGGAGAGCUUGGUGGACUCAGACUCAGAUCCCGAGGAAAAGGAAGUGAACUUCCAGGCGGACCUGGCAGACUUGACGUGCGAGAUCGAGAUCAAGCAGAAGCUGAUUGACGAGCUGGAGAACAGCCAGCGGCGGCUGCAGACCCUCAAGCACCAGUACGAGGAGAAGCUGAUUCUGCUGCAGAACAAGAUCCGCGACACGCAGCUGGAGCGUGACCGUGUGCUGCAGAACCUCAGCACCAUGGAGUGCUACACAGAGGAGAAGGCCAACAAGAUCAAAGCGGAUUAUGAGAAGAGGUUGCGGGAGAUGAAUCGGGACCUGCAGAAGCUGCAGGCUGCGCAGAAGGAGCACGCCCGGUUGCUCAAGAACCAGUCACGCUACGAGAGGGAGCUGAAGAAGCUGCAGGCUGAGGUGGCAGAGAUGAAGAAGGCCAAGGUGGCCCUGAUGAAGCAAAUGCGUGAGGAGCAGCAGCGGCGGCGACUGGUGGAGACCAAGAGGAACCGGGAGAUUGCUCAGCUGAAGAAGGAGCAGCGGCGACAGGAGUUUCAAAUCCGAGCUCUGGAGUCCCAGAAGCGGCAGCAGGAAAUGGUCCUGAGGAGGAAGACCCAGGAGGUUUCUGCUCUGAGGCGCUUGGCCAAGCCCAUGUCUGAGCGGGUGGCAGGGCGUGUAGGACUGAAGCCUCCCAUGCUGGACUCCGGGGCUGAGGUGUCAGCCAGCACCACCUCAUCUGAGGCCGAAUCUGGGGCCCGCUCUGUCUCCAGCAUCGUCCGCCAGUGGAACCGCAAAAUCAACCACUUUUUGGGCGACCACCCUGUACCCAGUGUCAAUGGCACCCGCCCAGCCCGAAAGAAGUUCCAGAAGAAGGGGGCCAGCCAGAGCUUCAGUAAGGCUGCAAGGCUCAAGUGGCAGUCCCUGGAACGGCGGAUCAUCGACAUUGUCAUGCAGAGGAUGACCAUUGUCAACUUAGAGGCUGACAUGGAGCGGCUCAUCAAGAAAAGGGAGGAGCUAUUCCUCCUGCAGGAGGCGCUGAGGAGGAAGCGGGAGCGGCUGCAGGCUGAGAGUCCCGAGGAGGAGAAGGGGCUGCAGGAGCUGGCUGAGGAGAUCGAGGUGCUGGCGGCCAACAUCGAUUACAUCAACGACAGCAUCACUGAUUGCCAGGCCACCAUUGUGCAGCUAGAGGAGACCAAGGAGGAGCUGGACUCAACAGACACAUCAGUGGUCAUCAGCUCCUGCUCUCUGGCGGAAGCCCGCCUCCUGCUAGACAAUUUCCUCAAGGCAUCCAUUGACAAGGGGCUGCAAGUGGCACAGAAGGAGGCCCAGAUUCGGCUGCUGGAGGGCCGGCUGAGGCAGACAGACAUGGCCGGCUCCUCCCAGAACCAUCUGCUUCUGGAUGCCCUGCGUGAGAAGGCGGAGGCGCACCCCGAGCUACAGGCCCUCAUUUACAACGUGCAGCAGGAGAAUGGAUAUGCCAGCACUGACGAGGAGAUCUCAGAGUUCUCAGAGGGGAGCUUCUCCCAGUCAUUCACCAUGAAAGGUUCUACUAGCCACGAUGAUUUCAAGUUCAAGGGUGAGCCUAAGCUGUCUGCCCAAAUGAAGGCUGUGUCAGCAGAGUGCCUGGGUCCCCCGCUGGACAUCUCCACCAAGAACAUCACCAAGUCCCUGGCCUCCCUUGUUGAGAUCAAGGAGGAUGGAGUGGGUUUCUCUGUACGAGACUCCUACUACCGGGACAAGGUCUCACGCACCGUCAGCCUGCCCACCCGGGGCAGCACUUUCCCCCGGCAGUCUCGAGGCACAGAGACAUCCCCUCUGACAAGAAGGAAGUCAUAUGACCGAGGGCAACCCAUCAUUAGGUCUGAUGACAGCGACUCCUCUUUGUCGGAGGUCCUGAGGGGCAUCAUCUCCCCAGUCGGAGGAGCCAAAGGUGCACGGACGGCCCCGCUGCAGUGCGUCUCCAUGGCUGAGGGCCACACCAAGCCCAUCCUCUGCCUGGAUGCCACGGAUGAGUUGCUUUUCACAGGGUCCAAAGACCGCAGCUGCAAGAUGUGGAACUUGGUGACAGGGCAGGAGAUUGCAGCUCUAAAGGGCCACCCCAACAACGUGGUCUCCAUCAAGUACUGCAGCCACUCUGGGCUCGUGUUCUCCGUGUCCACCUCCUACAUCAAAGUGUGGGACAUCCGCGACUCGGCCAAGUGCAUUCGGACCCUCACGUCCUCAGGCCAGGUGAUCUCAGGUGACGCCUGUGCCGCCACAUCUACCCGCGCCAUCACUAGUGCUCAGGGGGAGCAUCAGAUCAACCAGAUCGCCCUCAGCCCCUCAGGCACCAUGCUGUACGCCGCCUCGGGCAAUGCCGUUCGCAUCUGGGAGCUGAGCCGGUUCCAGCCCAUCGCCAAGCUGACUGGCCACAUUGGCCCUGUGAUGUGCCUGACAGUUACCCAAACUGCCAGUCGGCAUGACCUCGUGGUGACUGGCUCCAAGGACCACUACGUCAAGAUGUUCAAGCUGGGUGACUAUGUGACAGGCACCAUUGGCCCUACUCACAACUUUGAGCCACCGCACUAUGAUGGCAUUGAGUGUCUCUCCAUCCAAGGAGAUAUCCUGUUCAGUGGCUCUCGAGACAAUGGCAUCAAGAAGUGGGAUCUGGAUCAGCAGGAGCUCAUCCAGCAAAUUCCCAAUGCACACAAGGACUGGGUGUGCGCCCUGGCCUUUGUCCCAGGCCGCCCCAUGCUGCUGAGCGCCUGCCGUGCAGGUGUCAUCAAGGUCUGGAAUGUGGACAACUUCACACCCAUCGGUGAGAUCAAGGGCCACGACAGCCCCAUCAAUGCCAUCUGUACCAACACCAAGCACAUCUUCACAGCCUCCAGUGACCUGACGGUGAAGUUCUGGAGUGUACGGCGGUUACCCCACAGUGGCCCACCCUAGGAGUGAGGGCGGAGGCAUGCCCCCAGGACCCUCAACCCCAGCAUCCUGGACAGCACAGAAGGGAAGCUGUGGCCUGGCCUGAUGGGGCGCUGCCCUGGGGACAGGUGCGGGUGUGGCCCUUUCUCCUGUUCUCCCUGCCUUCCCAAGGAUGCUGUUUCCUCUGUCCCUCCCCUGACUCUUGGAGCUUCUUGGGAGAGCAAGGGUGGGGAGGAAAUUAAGCUGUGAAGCCAAAGGGCAUUAUCCCCUCUGUUCCUCUCUCC